GGCCAUCCAAAAGUCACAGUCAUUGCACUGAAGCAUGCUGUUUUAGAUCAUUGCUAAUUUUUUUUUCAGCUCUGAGGACUUCAUGUCACUUGUACAGGAGUGGCUUCCAGCACUCAGCGAGGAAGACCUCACAACGAUUGGUCGGAAACUGCAGGAGUUGGGAGUAAAAUGUGCAGAACAUUUCAGAUAUCUACAAGAAUCAGACUUAAACUUCUUAGCCCCUGUGCAAAGGCGCAUUCUGCUUGAGAAAUUUCAGACCAGAGCUGCUCCUGUCCCAUCAGGCCCAAGUGGCACUUGUGCUACAGUGACUUCAGAUGCUAACUCACAGCUAGAUGAAUGGGCUGAGAAAUUUUGCAUUCCUUGGGAAAUAUUUCCACCACGCUUACUUCAAGCAUGCAAAGCACAAGAAAGGGCUACAAAAGCCGAUCUGAACCAGAUGGUGAGAAUGCUAAGUUCUCUCAUCUUGGAUAAGCAUUCAGCGCCUGGCAGACGGAACCUGAGAAUAAUUGCAGCAAAACUUGUGUCAGUGUAUCCUUCAACAUUUCAGGAUUUGUUAGAGGGUACAGUUGUCGGCACAGGAGUUGAGACGUUAAUGUGGAAGCUCGAAAACUGCAUCAACAACAAGAAGAGACCAAUUGCACAUAAGCUGCCUGUGGAAAUUGAUGACCCAGACUCAUUCCAGCCACGUCCACGAUCUAGACGUGACUCCUACGGUUGCCUAGCAUGGCAACCAGAGCUGCCAAGUGGAGAAAAUAUGUUGGCACAACGGGAAAAGCAGCAGCAGCUCCUUUGUGAGCAUGCUAAAAUGUACCCCAACAAGCAACUUGUCUGUCGUUUGAUGAUAGAGACGUAUGCAUCUCAAAGACUGACCAUUAAUCACUCAAGGAGUGUGACAGAGGUGAAAAAAAACUGGCCAUUUUUGUUUACUGAGGACUGUCUUCUUCAGCAUUCCAAGGAGCUACUUGGUAGUGAGGUUUGCCAGAGACUUGAUGCUAGCAUGGAAAUUGUUGGGCUUCGUGUAUAUCGCUAUGCUUACAGUCAGAUAAAACGGCCAAAGGUGAAGAAAUGUCUCGAAGAAAUAGAACAAGCAAAGAACCGUCUGAAGAGUGUGACACCAGAGCAUGAAGGUGCACCUGUUCUCCUCCUUGCCCUGCUUGACGAGGAUGAAGAGCUCAUCUACAAGACCGUUGAGGAGACCGCCCAUGACGAUGACCUAGGAGACAUGCCCUUGACGCCCAUAAUAUGUAUGAAAGGACCGGGUCUUUUUGAGGCAGAAAUGUUCACCGUCUGUGUGGAUGGUGUUGCUCUAUUGACUACUCAGCGGGCCGCAGCUUUCAAAGCCAUGUUUCUUUUAUACUUUGUCCUUAACAUCGAGUAUCCACCUGAAGUGGCUUUGACAUUGGAGUUUGUGCAGAGGGCAAUCGCGAGAAUCAACCCAGAAAGAAGCACAAAGGCACGGCGAACAUCGAAGAAGCAGUAUUGUUUGUCCCCAAAGGUGGCUGCCCUGGCGAAUGCCCUGGAUCAGUACAAGUUCUGAUCUUGUGUUUGAGCUUUAAUAAAAAGUAAAAUUUAGA